AUGAUACAUUUAACACAGUCUCUGACCAGAGGUCUCUCAUCUGAUCAGCUGAAAGUGAUAUUCUGCCUGGCAGCCAUAUGGGUAACUCCCUGCAGUACUGAGCUGAGUGGGUCAGACUCACAGUGUCGUAUUCACAUCACUAAGCCUAAGUAUGAAUACAAAUACUUUCAGAAUGGAGAUAUCAUCAUAGGAGGAGUCUUCUCUGUAAAUUUUGAAGUGAAAUAUAUAAAAGAUAAUACUGGUAAGAACAUUCCUGUCUGCAUAAGUUCCACUCAAGCUCGCUGGAGAGGGGUCCAGACCUUGUUGUUCUCUGUUGAUGAAAUUAACAAGAACCCGGAUCUGUUACCCAACAUCACUCUAGGGUAUCAUGUAUAUGAUUCUUGUGGGGAUCCAAGGCUCGCUAUAGGGAGUGUCCUGCAGAUAUUAUCUGGUCCUGGGAAUAUGGUUCCUAAUUAUUCCUGUGGGGAUGAAAGGGAAAUUGCUGGAUUUAUUGGAGGUCGGUCAACAGGUUCAUCCUUGCCUAUAGCACAGCUAUUGGGUAUAUAUGGAUACACACAGAUAAGUUAUAGUUUAAUUGACCCUGUGCUAAAGGACCAAGUGUGGUAUCCAUACCAUUUUAGUACUGGGCCAGAUGAUAAUGUUCAGCAUGUUGCUAUAGCAGAGCUGGUGGAACACUUGGGAUGGACUUGGGUGAUCAUUCUGGCAGCUGGUGAUGAACGUGGUAAAAGAAAGAGUCAGAACCUCAGGAACGAGAUCACCAAACAUGGAGCCUAUGUGGACUUUAUUGGCACUCUAACAGAUGAUAUAAACACAAACACAAGAACAUUAGAAGGAAUACAAAAAUCUACUGCAGAAGUUGUUAUCUUGUGUGCAGAACAAUUUCCUAUAACAACAAUAAUUUUAGUACAAGAUAUAAUAAAAGAAAAAACUUUGGUAGUUCCAGCAACAUGGGUUGGUGUUUCAGUUUUCCCCCUCUUUAAAGGCAGUCUAAUUUUUCAAGAAAAAAUCUUUUUCUUCGAUAACUCAGAAUUUGAAGACUACUUAUUGUCCAUUAAAGAAGACUUGUUGCUUAAGGACUUAUUGACAGUUGACGCAUCGUGUCUGACACACGAUAGAGAGAAGGAUAUGAUAUUUCAGAAUCUUUAUGGAAAACAUUUUAAGAACUGUUCAAGUUUAAAAUUACGACGACGAGAUGAUGGCAGAAGUUACCGAGUGUACACAGCAGUAUAUGGAUUGGCACAUGCAGAACAUGACAUGCUUUCUUCAUCUGGACAAUACUGUAAUAAACAGGUGCACAAAAAUAUUCAUAGAAAUCAGACUCUGAAAUCUCAGUGCUCUGCCAGCUGCCCUCCUGGCUACAGAAAAGUCCCACAGAAUGGAGCGCCGCCCUGCUGCUAUGACUGUGCCUCAUGUUCAGAGGGGGAGGUCUCCAAUUUAACUGAUAUGGAGAACUGUGUAAGAUGUCCGGACUAUAAAUGGCCGAAUCAUGCGAAGACAUUGUGUCUUGAGAAACCACUUGAGUUUCUCUCAUAUGACAAAGACCCUCUAACUCUAAUCUUUAAUGUCAUCACUUUGGUUCUUUUUUUAAUAUCACUGAGUAUGUUGGGAAUCUUCAUUUCAUUUCGAGACACUCCAGUAGUGAAAGCCAAUAAUCGUAAUCUGAGCUUUAUUCUCCUUGUCUCCAUCAAGCUGAGCUUUCUCUCUGUAUUUCUGUUCCUCGGUCACCCUGUAGAUAUAACCUGCAUGCUCCGGCAAACCUCUUUUGCAAUCACCUUCUCCACAUCUGUCUCUUGUGUCCUGGCCAAGACUAUAAUGGUUUGCAUUGCUUUCAAAGCCUCCAAGCCAGGGAGCUCCUGGAGAAAAUGGAUGGGGCCCAAAGAGGCAAAUUAUAUUGCUUUUGUUUGUUCAGUCAUCCAAAUAGUAAUUAAUGUUAUCUGGUUGGUCAUUUCUCCCCCAUUUACAGAGCAAAACAUACAUUCUAAACCUGGAAUUAUCAUCAUUCAGUGCAAUGAGGGCUCAGUAAUUGCUUUCUAUAUUGUCCUCUCCUACAUGGGAUUGUUGGCAUCUGUGAGUUUCAUUGUAGCUUUCUUGGCUCGGACAUUACCGGACAGUUUUAAUGAGGCCAAGUACAUCACUUUCAGCAUGUUGCUCUUCUGCAGUGUUUGGAUCACAAUGAUCCCGGCCUAUCUGAGCACCAAAGGCAAAUACAUGGUGGCAGUGGAGAUAUUUGCCAUAAUCUCUUCAAACUGUGGCCUUCUCUUCUGUAUAUUUCUACCCAAAUGUUAUAUUAUUUUACUAAAACCAGAAAUAAACACAAAGCAAUAUUUACUGAGGAAUACACAGAAAAUCACAGAAAGUCUUUGA